AUGGAGGCGGCGGCGCUGGCGCGGGAGGGCGGCGGCCAGGGCCCCCCGCCCCACGAGCCCAUCAGCUUCGGCAUCGACCAGAUCCUCGGCGGCCCCGAGCCCGCGGGCGGCGGCGCGGGGCCGGCCCGGGCGGCGGGGGAGCCCGACUACGGGCUCUACGGCGGCGGCUACGGGCCCGCCUGCUCGCUCGGCUCCUACAACCUCAACAUGAGCAUGAACGUGAGCGUCAACGUGACCCCCGCGCCCGCCGCGCCGCCCGCCGGGGUCAUCCGCGUCCCGGCGCACCGGCCCGCGCCCGCCGCGCCCCCCGCCGCGCCGCCGCCGGUGCCCGGGCUCUCGGGGCUCACCUUCCCCUGGAUGGAGACGACGCGCCGCAUCGCCAAGGACCGGCUCUCAGCUGCGCUGUCGCCCUUCGCGGCGACCCGGCGGAUCGGGCACCCCUACCAGAACCGCACGCCGCCCAAGCGGAAGAAGCCGCGCACCUCCUUCAGCCGGGUGCAGAUCUGCGAGCUGGAGAAGCGCUUCCACCGCCAGAAGUACCUGGCCUCGGCCGAGCGUGCCACCCUGGCCAAGGCCCUCAAGAUGACGGACGCCCAGGUCAAGACCUGGUUCCAGAACCGCCGCACCAAGUGGAGGAGGCAGACGGCGGAGGAGCGCGAGGCGGAGCGCCAGCAGGCCAACCGCCUGAUGCUGCACCUGCAGCAGGAGGCCUUCCAGAAGAGCCUGAGCCAGCCGCUGCCCCAGGACCCGCUCUGCAUGCACAACUCCUCCCUCUACGCCCUGCAGAACCUGCAGCCCUGGGCUGAGGACAACAAGGUGACGUCCGUCUCAGGGGUGGCCUCUGUGGUGUGA